AGAAGCUGCGGACCAACGGCCGAUCGGCCGAUCCGACACUCGCUGCUGCGAAAUGCGGGCCCAGCAUCCACCUGGUACCUACUGCGGCAAAUCUGCAAUGGGAGUUCGGACUAGCUCGGAACAAAUGGGAUUACGAUUAGGGAUGUGGUGCUGGAAAGAUGACACCAAAACUCUUGAAUACAAAAGCUUUGUACCCACAAUGGAGUAUAAAGAAAAAGGAAAGAAAGGCAAAGCAGUUCACUUUGCUGAAAGUGAUGGCACAGCUUCUGAGAGAUUUACUGAUAAGAGAAUUGGUUUUCGAGAUGAUAAGUCUAAAACCUCAGAGAAGCGAAGCCAGCAAGGCACUGUCACCCUCCAUGAUGCUAAAUUUGUUGCUUUACUUCUCCUACAAGACACAGAGAUGCAGCGGAUUUGUUCUUUCACAACAUUUAUGAGGAAUAAAUAUCUUGACAAUUUUCUCAUGGCAUUAUUGUACUAUUUAUCUCACUUCUUGGAAAAACUCUCAUUGGAAAAGAAGCCCAAGAGCUAUAUGGUGGGUCUGGUGGAGAAGAAAGAGAUGGAAAUGGUUAUAAGUAAGUUAGAAGCAGCCCAGGUAUUCUUGGCACAGAAGUACUGUUCCCUUGUUCUUGGCUUGGGAAUGCCUGAUAAACAUCACAUGAACUGUGGCAAGGAGAAAGUAUCAGAUACACAAAAAGACUGGAAAUUCUUUGAGGCCUUUUUCACUUUCUGUACAUAUGUUGCUUGGAUUGUCUUCCGACGUCAAAACCUCACAGAGAUUGAAGAAGAAAUUGGGAGGCUAUUCCGUACCGAUAUGUUCAACAUUCCCCGAAGGAAACGUGAAGAUGAAGAGUCAGGAGGGCAGAAGAAACGAAUGACUUUUGUAGAGUUCAGGAGAAUGAUGACAAAACGACCAGCAAUUAAGAAAGCCACUGAUCUGCGCUCUCCAGUCAUGUCUACACUGCUGCCAUCCCUCCGACAGAAAGCUCAGAAUGUUGAGAAAAAUUACCAUAUAACCACAGGACAAUCAGGCAUAAAAACAGCCUGGUGGAAGCGUGUGAAUAACCUAGAUUCUGUGCCCAUGCCAGUAGUUGGCAUCUUGGGAGAACCACGGAGAUUGUUCAAUCCCCACACCCUUUUACCUCUUGAGCCUGAAGAGAAGAUAAAACCAGUUGGAAAAAAUUAUUACCUGAUUGAGAGAAACAACCUAGAGGUUCAGGAUACACUGGAUCUAGUCAUGAAAACGCUGCGCCCCCAACCAUCAUUCCCUAAGUAAUCUGGUACUCUACAUUGCUACAGUUCAGUCCCUGGAUUUGAAGUAAACUACCGUUACUUAAUCACUUUAUAUAGGACUGAUGUUUGAUAUUAUUAACCUUUUAAAAUUGUUCACGUGCGCUGGAGUGAUAGCACAGCAGGUAGAACAUUUGCCUUGCACACGGCCAACCCGGGUUUGAUUCCCAGCAUCCCAUAUGGCAUAUGGUCCCCUGAGCACUGCUAGGAGUAAUUCCUGAGUGCAUGAGCCAGGAGUAACCCCUGUGCAAUGCCAGGUGUGACCCAAAAAGAAAAAAAAAAUUGCUCACAUUAAAGAAGUUCAAAAAAACUUUUGAAAGCUCAUUUUUCUGUAUUGAACAGUUAGCUUUGGAACUGAUUUACUCCCUUGACUUCUGUAUGGCUAGAGUACUAUAGUAAGACCUUGAGUCAGUAUAUGCUGUUUAUUUGUUUCUAUUUGCUUUUGCUUUAUGUGGAGAGUGUUUUUAGUACAUUUGAAACUUUGAUUAAAAGGGAAAUGAGUGAUAGUACAGCAGGUAGGGAGCUUGCCUUGUAUGUGGCUGACCCAAGUUCAAUCCCCAGCUCCCCAUAUGGUUCCCUGACACUGCCACCACCCAGGAGGGGGGUCACUACUGAGUGUGGCACCCCACCAAAAAAAGAAAAGUCAAAUUGUUUUAAACAUGAAAAUGUGAUGGCUAUAGUACUGUUAGUAUUGGAACUAAAAGUUUGCCUGACUCAUGUAAAAACCUUUUAGUAUAUGCUUCAUUCAUUCUUUCAUGUGUUUAUCUUAUAGUAAAUGCAUGUUAAGCUCAAACUCCAUCUAAAGACCUUUGCUUGGUCACACGGGGAAAAGAAUCCCAUUAAGAUGGAGACUGGUGUGCUGGAGUGAUAGCACAGUGGAUAGGGUAUUUGCCUUGCACGUGGCCCACCCGGGUUCAACUCCCAGCAUCCCAUAUGGUCUCCUGAGCACCGCCAGGAGUAAUUCCUGAGUGCA